AUGUUGCAAAUUGAACAGAAUAACUUGCUUAUACAAAAGACUUUAACUGAGAGGUUGUUCCCUCAAACAGACUCGUUAAAAUCAUUGGAUCGUAUUAUAACUGAUUUUGAUUUCACCACUUAUCAUAUCAGUACUUUACCCGAUGAUAAAUCGAAAUUGCUCUUGUCAUUAAAUUUAAAAUGCUGGAACGAUUUAGUUAAAUACAACGUUGAACAAUAUUUACAUUCGAAAUAUUCUUCAUAUCAAAGUUUAACCAUCUUGAGUUCUAAUCAAGUUGAACAAGGAUAUAAUUAUUCAAUUGUAUUGGACACUGCCACAUCAGCUCAAUCGGAUGAUGAAGAUACGAAAUUGAGAUUAAUUGAUGAUUUGAGUUUAUUGAAACGUAAUGCCAUGGCAUCGGCUUUCCAUAAAGCCUUUGAUAGAUAUGAUGAAUUACUGGCAAAAUACAGCAACUCCAACACUUAUGCCGAAGAAGUCCAACAAGAGUUGAGUAAUGAACCCGUUUUGGUCAUGAAGUAUCGUGGUGCUGAUGAAACGAUAUAUUUGAAACCGUCCUUUGAUCGAGUAACGGUGAUUUUCUCCACCAUGUUUCAGGACGAAACCGAUAAAGUGUUUGGUAAGGUGUUUUUGCAAGAGUUUGUGGAUGCUAGAAAAAGAUCAGUUCAAACUGCACCUCAAGUAUUGUACACUCAAUCGGAACCGCCUUUAGAUAUUGCCCAAUACGUUCAAGGCAGUAAGAAAGAUGAAAAUAAGGGGUAUGUUACAUUUGUCUUGUUUCCUAGACAUUUGGUCAAGGGUGAUAAACGAGAAAAUUGUAUUUCUCAUAUUGAAAUGUUUAGAAGUUAUUUCCAUUAUCAUAUUAAAUGUGCUAAAGCGUUUAUGCAUUCGAGAAUGAGAUUUAGAGUUAAAGAGUUUUUGAAGAUUUUGAAUAGAGCUAAACCCGAGAAUUUAGAUGAUGAAGGUAAGGUGAUUGAGAAUAGAAAGACUGCAAGUGGUAGGAGGUUUGAUCUUAAGGCUUAG